AUGGACGCAAACACCAUGGAAAACGACAAGGAACUCAACGUUGUUAUUGGAGAUACCGUUAUUUCCGACGAAGCCAGGACCACCGAGACUGGUGCUGAGGAGCCCGUCCCCAAGAAAAAGAAGUCCCACUCCCAAGUACACUAUGACCGGCGGAAGACACAGGAAUACAAGGACAAGCGCCAAGAGCGCUGCCGUCUCCGGGAAGCUGGUGUCGAAGUCCCUCCCCCAUCUCCCCAUUUGCGCGAUCCCACUCUCCCUCCAAAGGCCAAGCGGUCGUGCCGGAGACCAGUCCGUAGAAGGGCCAAAAGGCCAAAACUAAUAGAAACUGCUGAGGCGGCUGCCGAGACCAACCAGAGCCCCCCGGCAGCCACAACCGCCGCCCUUAUCCCUGCCACCACUACCGCUGAGAUCGAGGUUAGUUUGGGUUCGACGGGUAUGGCUCUCCCCUUUUGGGGGAAAAGUCUGUUUGAGUAG